UGAACGGUGUCAUUAACUAGUUCGCCAGCUUGACAUCGCGCUAAUGUGAAAGCAGUAACUUUAAUCUAUAAAAAUCAACUUUUAACGAGGUCUGUAUGUGCAUUUACGGUGUGGCUGACUGUAAAAAACAAAAAAAAAAAAAAAAACCUAGAAAUCCACCACAGGAGCCAGCUGAGUGGAGGACGACCAGGCUACACAGUUAGCGGUAGCUCCUUGGCUUUCCUAUUGCGACGCGAAAAUGAACAUGGCAAUAACUGUUGAGCGCAAAUGUCAGUGUUGGGCGUCGUUACAGAUAUAUUUCACCCGCUGACAACAAUGCACGAACCCGUAUUACCUCUCUAAUUCUUCGUCACUCAGCAGCUCCAUGUCAGGGUCCAUGUUCACAGCAUCACAGUUCUCCGUCGCCAUUUUGCCGUCAGUGGAGAGGGGCGGGGCCACAUUACUGCAGCGGUGACGUACACUGUAAACAGGAAGUGGUCCGUUAGGUAAGAAGAAGCAUCGUCUGCGCUGGGUGUGAGUCAUGGGAAAAAGCUGUAAAGUGGUUGUGUGUGGCCAGGCUGCUGUUGGUAAAACAGCUGUAUUGGAACAACUACUGUAUGCCAAUCAUGUUGCAGGUUCAGAGCCCAUGGAGACCCUGGAGGAUAUCUAUAUUGGCUCCAUAGAAACUGACCGUGGCACACGAGAACAGGUGCGUUUCUACGACACACGUGGACUCAGGGAUGGGAUGGAGUUUCCUCGACAUUACUACACUUUUGCAGAUGGCUUUGUACUUGUCUACAGCAUUGACAGUAAGGAGUCAUUUAAGCGGAUGGAGGUCCUCAAGAAGGACAUUGACCGCCAAAGAGACAAGAAAGAGGUGACCAUUGUAGUACUGGGUAACAAGCUGGACAAGCAGGACGAGAGGAGAGUUGACUCUAACAUGGCCCAGAACUGGGCGAAGAAUGAGAAGGUGCGUUUGUGGGAGGUGUCGGUGGUUGACCGGCGCACACUGAUUGAACCCUUUGUCUACCUGGCCAGCAAAAUGACCCAGCCACAGAGCAAGUCCACUUUCCCUCUCAGCCGCAAUAAGAAUAAGGGCAGUGGGUCUACAGACAGCUGAAUGGCCAGACACUGAUGUUUAAGGGGGGAGGAUAAAGGGAUAAAUUAUGUGUUAAAGGGAACUUAGUUUUGCAAAAAAAAAAAUACUAUUUUGAUAUUAUGAAGGAUGGAGGUAGUAAGAGUUGAUUUGGAGAAUGUGGUGAAUUGAUGAUGAGAGAAAAGGCAGGAUGAUUGUAUUGAUAUUUAUAUACAGUGAGUAUUGUUGGUAUUGGUAUAGCAUCGGAUAGGUUUGGUGAAAUAUUUACUACUUUAAUUAUAACUGAGUGAAAAUGCUGAUCUUUUGCCAUAUCAGCUAAGAAAUUAAAGAAUGCAAGGUGCUUUUAUUUGUUAUUCCUAUUUUAUUAGGUCAGAUUAUGGUCAAACUAAUGAUCCAUGUUCUUUUACAAAUACCGCUGUUCAUCAUCAGAAGUCUUGUUUGGACCUAUAAUGUUGUUCUUGAACUACUGACAAUCAACAUUUUGAUCUCAGUUUAUACUUAGAGUUUUAAGAUAUCAGACUCAUGGCGCUCACUGUAUGGAUAAAUUAGGAUUCAGCACACAUGUACACUGGCUACUAUUUUAUUUACACAGACUGAAUCAGGAAGAGCAGCAGUCACUCGUGUUACCUAAUUAUUGCAUCACACAAAUGCUGAAUUUCACAUGUUGUAGAAGAUAUGAUGGGUGAAGGGAAUCUAUUGAUACAUAAUUGAUGAUGUACAGUUACUGUGCUGCUUGUUGAGCUGGAGGUUUGUUACACUAUAUAUAUGUUCUCUGCUGAGAUUCACUGUUGGAUGUUGUAGAAUGAAUGAUUGACAUUCCUUACACACAUUGCCUUCUGUACAGGCUUUAGAAAUUUAAGUAUGAGAUGUUCAAAUGAAAGGAAGUUUCUGCAGGCUCAGGUGCUACUUUUUUUUCUGGUUGCGACGCAUGAAAGACAUAAAGCACUCUAUAAAGUGAAAUGUUGUAGCAAAACAACAAUGUCGUCAUAUAAUCAGUUAUGGUUACUGCUGAAGUUGAAGCUGGUAUAUUAUUUUUAUUACUAAACUGUAAAAACAAAUCCUAAAUUACUCAUUAGACCACCAUUGAACUUUUUCAGGAUGCUACACAAGUCAAAAUAUGAGCAGCUUUUAAUGUUUGUUUAAUUGAAAAUGGGACAUUUGUUGAUAUUUUCUUGAAUAUCCAUGUGUUUGUGCCAGAGUCUCUCAACACUAUGUAUCAUACAUGCAGCUGUUUUGAGAAUAUCAAGCUUUUAUGUAUUAAUAUCCAUAAAAUGUAUUCACUUGAUAUUUGUUUGCAUGUUUUGUAAACAAAUUAAAAGAUUUUUUUCUGUGCCUAA